UUCGCAGCGAUUGAGACUUGGUGGGCUUCGAGUUAUAAUCCAUGAGGAAUCAGUGAAGAUGACCAUGGAUCGAAGCUUGUCAGGAGGAGAAGUGCACGAGUUAAGUGGGAGAGGAGGAAUAGUGUUGGCGAUUGAAUGCUUGAAAGGGAGCUCUAAAGCCGACGAAUGGAAUGGAAACAUGCUUCAGACGGGCGAUAUCGUCGAGGAGCUCAUGAUCGGGAGCCUGUUGAACGUCCGAUCGCCGUUCAAGAACGGAAGAAGUGGAGUUCAGAAGCUCCUGCACACGUCGUUCAAGAAGAAGGAGACAUCGAUUCAGGUCCGAGUUCGACGCGGCCGAGACGAGUUCGUUGAGUUGCAGGCCUGUAUCGUUCCAAACGAUGCCGCCGGGAAGAAACACUACAUGCUUAGGUCCAUCGAUGAUCCAAACUACGCCGUCGGAUUCGUUGAUCGGACGGAAGCAGAUUGCCUUGCCUUGCAAAAUUCAAGAGGCUCUAGGGUGGUCGGGGCAUUAAGCAGGGCACAGCUCCAAGAUGGCUAUGUGCCAUACCCUUGGGAGAAGAAGAUUCAGUUGCUCAAUGUUCCCAAAUCUAGUUGCUUUCUUUCUUUACUAUUACUUCCAAAGGCAUCCGAUCGAAUUUCUUUUCGUUACAAUGACGUCGAGGACACACUUGCUAGGGCAAAUGCCUGGCUAAAUGCUGCUCAGGCCUCAGGGGUCCCUGUAGUGUUCAUGAAUAUCCAGACUGAGUCUCUUCUUACAAAGAUCUCUGGGGAGACUGCUUCAGCGACUGUCAAUGCUGGGUCAUUUUCCGACCUAUCAAAUCUUGCAAAUGUCAGCCUUUAUGGGUUUGAAGAUUACCAUGGGGUUGAUAUUGGUGUGGUAAGAGCAGUUCGUCUGUGGUAUGCACCUAUUGGAGGAGAGGUUUCAUUGGAGAUUAAUCUAAAGGAAGGUGACUCGAAGCUUGGGUUUGCAAUUAGUCGUACAGAUGAGGGAUUCGUUUAUAUCUCAUCUGUUAUUGAUGAUGAAAAUAAUGAACUCGCAUCAACACGAUCAGGACUUAGGGAUCUGUACAGAGAGGCAGAGAAUGCAUCUAAGCUACUGGUGAUCUCAAGAGUAUCAAACCAGAAAAUCCUUCCUUGGAUGGUUUCUUCAACAGGGGCAAUCCGUUGCUUUGACACGGUGUCACUCAGCCAGAAGUUGUCAUUACACCGCCAUGCCUUGCGGCCAAUUUCCAUCCAUGUGUUCAUGUGGGACUGCAUAUUGGAUUCCCAAAAGGGAGGCUGUAGCAAGUUUAAGGUGAGCACACCACCUGCAACAGAAUACAUAUCUGAAGUCCAAUUGCCACCACUGCGUCCUCCAAAUGAAAGUCGAGUUCUGCCUCUACCUACUGAAGUUCAAUUGCCACAGCCUCGUAUUGAACGUCAUAUCCUGGGGGAUGGGCCUGACCUCACGGCAGAUAGAGACACAGCAGGCGAACACUCAUUUAGAUUCACUAAUUUUCAAAUCUCCAGCAACUGGGUAUGAUUCCAUCUCCCCCCCCCCCCCCCUUCUUACCUUGCUGUUUGGUGUACAUAUGAGAUGACUUGAUCCCCCUCGAGUGAUGUUAGUCUUUGUUACAAGUUUGAAUAUAAAAUAAAGGCUACUGUUCAUUGCCGGUACAUUAUUCCAAAAUUCAAAGUU